AGGGGGGGUUCGGUGAGGACUGUGGGAAAAGAGCAUGCCAUCGGAGGCAGAAGAGGAAUCUCUCUCUGUCUGUGUCCAUGUCUCUGCUCUGUUCCCGGCUUCAUUCCUACACAGACGCUUGCUGUUCUACCUCUGGAUUUAAAUCAGCUGGAUUACCGCUUGGAAUCUCUGCUCAUUAUUCCAUGCUGCCACAUUUAGAUGGGGGGCAAAGUUGGACCUCCAUGGACUGCACAAAUGGUGACAAACAGUUUUGCAUUUUUAAGAGCUUCCUAGCAUUCAAAAUGAUUUCACUUUACUUCAGUAAAAGUGUUUUUAUAUGUAAAAUACUUUAAAUUCCAUUACUUUGGUAUUGUCUUUUCCAAGUAGGUUACAGUAGAUAUUUUGCAAUUUUUAGAACUUGACAGUUAAGGCACGUUUUAAUUUGAAACAUGAGUGGGGAAGAAGGGUAGAAAUGUCUCCCUCUUCACCUUUUUAAAGUCAGUCUAACCUUGGUCUGUGUCUGUUUUUAAAACUGAAGAUGUAACUGCAGAACUUUUUGUGUUCUGUUGGUAUCAGUGAUUUUCAUUUUUUAGCCAGAGUGGAGUCUUUACAUUGGACUGCAGGUGAACUUACAUUUCUUCCAGUUCUUCCCUCUCCAAGGGAACCCUCAAACUAAACUCUUCCCUGUUAACCCAUUUAGCCUCCCGAUCUCCCCUGUGGGGGCUUCUCUAAAACGUCCUCUCUACUCUAGUUUUUUUAAGGAAAGCAAAAGCCAAACCACAAAAAAAGGGGGUACUGGGAAGGAAGCCACCCCCCUCCCAAAGGUGAGAGGGGGGGAAGAUGGCAGCUCUCGCCAGCUCUCUCAUUAGACAGAAACGGGCAGUCAAGGACGACCAAACCAACCGACCGGUAGCCAACAAGCGCAAGCCCUGUCCUAAGAGCAACAAGUCCUUGUGCCAGAAACAGAUCCUAGUCUUGAUCUCCAAAGUACGGCUAUGUGGGGGUCGAAAAGGUCGAAACGACAAAAGACCAGAGCCUCAGCUAAAAGGUAUCGUUACGCGAUUGUACAGCCAACAUGGAUACUACCUGCAGAUGCAGCCUGAUGGCACCAUGGACAGCACAAGGGAUGAAAGCAGUUCAUUCUCACAGUUCAACUUAAUUCCUGUGGGACUACGAAUCGUGGCAAUCCAGGGUGCAAAGACAGGGCUGUACCUCGCCAUGAAUAGCGAAGGCUACCUCUAUACCUCUGAGCACUUCACUCCUGAGUGCAAGUUCAAGGAGAGUGUCUUUGAGAACUACUACGUGACAUACUCGUCCAUGCUCUAUCGUCAGACCCAGUCGGGCCGCUCCUGGUAUAUCGGCAUCAAUCGUGAUGGCCAGAUCAUGAAGGGCAACCGGGUAAAGAAAACCAAAGGAGCGGCACACUUCCUGCCUAAAGUCAUAGAGGUUGCGAUGUAUAAGGAGCCGUCACUACAUGAACUCGCCAGUGAGCCAGUGAGUCCGCCUCGGAAGACAGUGAAGACCUCAGAUUCACUGUCUCUCAAGAAUGGACGGAAAGAAGCUCCCAAGGCUGAUGCCUCAUAGCACAGGAAACUGAGGGUGGGGCAUAGGGCAGAAGUAAUACUGGGAACACAGUCACCCAUUAUGCACUGAGGGUGGCUGAGGGAAUGGCUCUCGAGGGCCACCACAUUCCAGAAAUGCACUACACUGCACAUGGGACAAAGGGUCAGUAGCCCAUCAGCAGGCAAGAAGACCUGAGAGAGGAGACCCCCCCCGCCUAUGUCACCUGUCACCAUAGAAAGAAAGACCAGGGCCCGGGACAAAACUGUAACCGCCUCCCCCUCCUUCUGUUUGUCUCUCUCUCCGCCCCCUGUGACUUCCUGAUGUGCAGUCUCCUUCAUUUCUCCGCCAUUGUGAAGCUUCUUCGUCCCACCUGACAAUUUUUUUCUCACAUAGCCUCUAUCUGCUCUUUUGUGCAUUCCCCACUCACGCAUUUUGAGUGCUGACUUGUCAUAAUAAUCCUCACCCAUGGGCCCCCUCUUGAGCUCUUGAGCCCUAAAGUUGGUGACAGUGUGGCUCAGCCAGCUUUCCACCCAACAUCUCCUGGCCAGCUAAGCUAAUCACCAAGGUCAACUAAAGCUCAAAGUAAGAUGAAACAGCUCAGUACAGAUAUCUGCUGGUUUUCUCGGUCAGGUCAGUCCAGCCAAGGAAGACAAUUAUGAAAAAAAGUGUACGAACAAAAUGAAAGAUAGAUUUCAAAAGCUAAUUUUCGUCAGUUUAUCCAUUUUUAUUCGUACUGUAAUAACAAAUUCCACCAUCAGAGGAGUCCAAUCAAUAUUAAAAAAUUCAACACCUCUGCAAGAGGUGAUACAGAAACCUUAAAAACUUAACAGAUAUGUGUUUGAUGACCAUGUUAAAUCACUGUUGAAGCUCAAGAUGAUGGCAAUUACUUAAUCAUAAUAUAUAAAAUUGACAAAAAUAAAUGUACAAAGAAAAUUCUUUUGGAACAACUAUAACUGUUCCAUCUGGAAAAAUGAGCCAUAAACAGCUUAAAUUACUACAUGACUGCUUAUGUACUCGAAUGAAUGAAAAAUACAAGCAAUAUUUGUACAAAUAAGCAAGAAAAUAAUUCACAGUGAGAUAAGAAAAAAAACAGUGGGUGAAUGAGUGAGUGAAUGUUUGGGUGAUAGUGAACAAAAUUUAGCCUCUUUUCUCUACCAGGUGAAAACUUAUUGCACUAGCUUGUUAAAGGCACCACAUUAACAACUGGGUCACAUUUUAUAUCCAGAGAAUUUCUGAACCCAAUCACCUGAAAAAGAGUGGUUGUAGCCUCUUAGUGUGUACUUCACUCAGCAUCUGCUGUCAGCAUAAAGCAGGUUUGAAGUCAACAUCAAAGCCAGAAGAGCCUCUGAGCUGGAGCACUUGUUAUUCGGAGGAUGUCAGGCAGCUUAUCCACUCACUCGCUUUAUCAAAUCACCUUGGAAGAAUCACCCCCCCACCCCCCAAAUAAAAAGCAGCUGUUGAGUGAAUGCGUUUGUAUGAUUGCAUUUCAGCUCCUGUGUUUGUAUGUUUGCAUGGCAGGACUGUAAGUGUGAAUGAGUGUUCAUACAGUGGCUGGAUGGAGAUACUGCAGGUAACCUCCUCUACGCCCUUCAAACCACGCACAACCCUGUGUCUUUGAUAUGUCUGUGUCGGCAAGUAGGUGAUACUUGGGGAACAUCCUGCUUGUGUACCAUUUUCACUGACUUUAAAGAGUCGUCUGCAUUUUGGAACAGCUGGGAAGAGGAUAUCUAGGCGACCUUAUGAGAAAUAAACCCACAGAGGGCACUUUGUUGAUUAAAUAUUUAUUUAGCUGCAAACGGCUAAUGUUCUCAUGUGCAAUAAGAUUCUCAAACAGAGAUAAAUCUGAAAAUAAUGCAAUGACCUGAAAGAAAUUAAAGUCUUCUAUGUAGGAAUGUUACAGCAUUAGCUGUUGCCAUGUAAGUACUAGCCAUUCUUAACUACUUUACUAAAUCACACAGGGAGAGAAUUUCACCACGCUGUUUAGUCUAAAUGUGUGAUUACCAUCAGUGACGUUAAGGAGAGCAAUGUCUGCAGACUUUGAAGGUAAAGCUAUACAAAUUGCAAAGCACUGCAAGAUGAUGUCUAAUUUUAAUCACGAGAAAAUGUAAAGAAGGGUUACAGAAUGUGAAAAGGAGGCUUUAUGAAUGUGCUGUAUUGAGGGUGAAAGUAAGUCUGAAACUGUGUGUUGAAUUGUAAGGAGGUCAGCUCAUGCAGGCAGUUAGAAAGAGUGAAGGAUUAGCAGGUGUAUUCUUGAGGAAUGUUGAUAAGGAAUUUCUGCAGUAAAGUAAGCAAGAUUGUUGGCAGGGUUUUGUGCAGCAUGUGGAUAUGAUAAUGAAUGUAAGACAAAGAAGCACGUAAGACACUGUGCGCUAUUUAUGAAAGGGGGUCUAUGGAGGAAAUUAGUUGGAGGGCUUUGCAUUUUUUCAUUACGUUUUUAAUUUUCUGGGCUUUUCCAGUGGGAGUAUCAUUCAGUCCAAAUUUGGAUAUUUUGUCCUUGCAGCAAGUUUUGCAUUGUAGAUGUACAAAUCUGUAUCUUUCCCAUGGUAAAACUGCUUUCCCCUCAUGAAUUCAAUACAGUCUUGUAGGUAUAUUUUUAAAAUAUGCACUGUUAACAACUAUGUUAUCAAACCAAGUUAUAUUGCAAAUAAAUAUAGAGAAUUAUCUAAUUUUGUGACAGUAACAAUGAAAGCUCAUGUCUCAAACAGCUUAAAAUUAAGUUCAUCUAUGAAUGGAAAUAAUUUUGCAUUAUCCAGUCAAAAACAGACAUGAUGGCAUUUGCAUCUUUAAUAAGCAUGUAAGCCGACACAAAAUAAGUUAAUAUGUGGGUAUAAUCAUCACAAUAACUCAUCAUCACAAGCAUGAAAUUCCUCCAUAGAUACUCGCAUCAGAAAAAGCAACAGGUCUUUGAUAUUUUGAUACUAAAGAACAGUAACAGUAAGUGUGUUUUGAUUGUGAUACUGCAUGUAGACGGAGUCCAUUGUCAGGUGAAGAAUGACUUUAAUGUUGAGUACACAAAAACAAUGCAAGUGCAAUGAAGGUAGAAAUUAAGAUUGUCAUGUGGAUGUGAACAUAUAGUUUUGAUCUUGAAUGUUAUAUACAGAAGCUGUAUUUUCCAGAGAGUCUAAAGUAGUGAUGGUUUUAAUAGAAUGUUGGAGUUUACAGAGAGAGUCAAUUUAUGAGACAACAGGUCUUAAAAGGCUAACAGCGAGGCGGUGACUUGAAAAAAACAAAAACAGAAAAAAAAAUAAAUAAAUACACUUUGUCUGCCCACACAUGAGAUUUUAAGUCGUAAUCCGUUCCCUAAAUCCCAACCUACAGUAUCUACAACUCAUUAACUUUUAUUUUCAGCAUUUUGUAGUCUGUGUAGGUGUAUUCUUAAAGGGUGCAUGUGUUCUUAAACUGUGUGUCUGUGUGUGUGCAUUUAUGGAUAAGAGUGGAGUAAGACAAGACAGAGAGGCAAGGAGAGAAAAAAGGAGAGGGCAUGUGACUGAAACAAUGAUCGAUAGACUCAAUAAAAAACAAAUGCAAGUACAGCCAGUCCAAGAUAGGUGCAAAAAUUUCCCCAAGGUCCACCAGAGACAGGAAAAUCUAUUUGUUCAUAAUAAACUCAGAGGGCUCUUGUUUAAUCUGUACCUAUAAACCAAACAAAACAAGGAAGCCUAGUGGAUGACAACAGAAAAAAAAAAAAAAGAAUUUACCUCAUUUCCUCUGGUCUUUGCACUGGGUCUCAUAAAACUAAAACAGGAAGAACCUCAAUAUCAUACUUUCAGUCAGAAGUCUAGAGGCAUUAACAAUCUUAACACACAAAUACAGUACACAACUGGAAUCCAGUGAACAUGAUGCACCUUAGAAGCCCUUGGCAUUUGUGGAAACUUAACUCUCUUAAGAGGCUUUGAUUAAAAUUAAGAUAAAAAAACA